AUGGACUACUACAACGAAUAUGCUGAGGAACAUUGGAACUCACUUGAUCCGUACGAAGACAAAGAAGGAAAUAGACGUCGUUUGCCUAAUGAUAUCAGUACCAAGGAGGAGCAGAAGAUCUGGCGAAACAUUCAGCGCAAAGCUUGGGUCCACGACAAGUGUUUUCUAGGAUCUUGUGGAGUUGGCAUGGAUUGUGGCCUUGGGCUCGCUCCAUUAGUGGUACUACUUUUUCCCGUACUAGGCCCACUAGUGAUGUACGCAGUGCAUCUGAACCUCAUAGCGGAGGCAGAGAGAAAAGUGCAUCUCCCCUCGAAGCUACAGGCCAAGUUGCACGGUAACAUUGUAUUGAGCUUGAUCAUAACUUUUCCACCAGUAAUCGGCUCGUUCUUUGGUUGGCUUCAUGGCUGUUCGACACGAAAUGCCGGGCUUCUUUACCAGUACUUGGAGUUUUUGGCUCAAGAGAGGGCGCAGAAUAAGACGGCAACUUACGUCGGCCCACCACCAAGCACUCAUCCGCUGGAACAACGGUCGUAUACACUGCCAGUGUAUCAAACGCGAAAGGCCCCUACUUUCAGCAGACAGCCCAAAUCCAGAACGACUAAUACCAUAGUGGUGGGUGACCAACAGCUGUCUGGGUUUGUGUGA